AUGGAGGCCCAUUAUGCGAAACUUCUAUUCUGUCCGGAACUUUUUGAAUCAACCAAUGGUAAUAGAGAUAUUUGCACACAAUCCGCGGUAGUUACGAAAAUUUGCGAUUCCUGGGCGUACAGCUAUUGUUUGCUGGAUAUGCGUUCUACACUGUUAUGUUUCAUUGUAUGUUUGUCUGGUUCUGUAGCGCUUGUUAGAAAAGAAAUCAAUGAACCUGCCACAGCUAACCCUAUUACUUUUAGUGUAGAUGGUUGCUUGCUAUUAUCAGCUAUCAUGAAGAUUCACAUAUCAAAAUCAGACGCUGUUAAGCAAUCAGAAUCAGUGUUUACAACCUACAUUAAUUCAACAAAUGCUAAAAGCAUCAACUCCAGCGGCGCAUGCAUCAAUUCCACUAGCAAAGAAUACAACCUCUUAAACUUGGGUUGGAAGCCGAAUGGUUCUGAGGGCAAUUGGAAUAUAUCAUUUAAUUUCUCUGAGACCCAUCCUGGUUAUUAUGGUUUAACUAAUGUAUACUUAUUGUACUGGCUGGAUAAAUCGGGUCCACAUAAUGCUUCCACGAAUAAAUCACUUUUUUCUUGUGCUAUUGGUACAUCGUUUAUUUGUCUAAGUGAACAAACCUAUGAAUUAAAAGAUAAAUCAUCAAAUUCAACAAAUGUACGACUUACAUUUAGUGAGUUUCAAGUUGAAGCAUUCAGAAAUAAUGAUAUUUCUAAUAAUACAUUUACUGGACCAACUUCCUCUUGUGCUGCCGAUUAUGUACCGACUAAAGUGAUUCCUAUUGUUGUCGGCGUUUUAUUGGUGGUUAUGAUAGCGGCUGCUCUAAUCGCUUUUAUUAUCAGUAGUCGACGCCGUCAAAUUGGCUAUGAAGAAAUAUAA